AUGGCAGUGGACUGGAUUGGCUAUAGCUAUGCAAUUUUAGUGGCCUCAGGUGGGAUAAUUGGAUAUGCAAAAGCAGGCAGCGUCCAGUCUUUAGCUGCUGGACUUCUCUUUGGUGGAUUAGCUGGACUGGGUGCUUACCAACUCUCUCAAGACCCGAAGAAAAUUUGGAUAUCCUUGAUUGCUUCUGGAACUUUAGCUGGCAUUAUGGGCAUGCGCUUCUACAACUCGGGGAAAUUCAUGCCAGCCGGACUGAUCGCUAGUGCCAGCUUGCUGAUGGUUGGGAGGCUUGGACUGAAGAUGUAUGAAAAGCCACACGAGGGAUAAGUGAACAUUCCGUGAGACUUGAAAUUCAGAUAAAAAGACACUUUGU